AUGCACAGAUUCCCCCAGUUUGCAGAAUUCUUUGGCCAUCCCAGUCGACCUUUGCCACCUACCGUAUGCUUUGCGACUUCGUUGGCAACCAUCUCUGUGGAAGCAAGCAUCGAAUUGCUAGAGCUUCACUCCCAGGUGGACGCCAAGAUCAUGAUCGCGGAAUGGAGCCCUGGCCAAUUCAUCAUGUUAGUUGGUACAGCUCGUCAUAAUGACCCGCUGUACUCGAUGAACCUGGAUAACUGUGCGGAGCGCUUGGCUUUCAAUGAGGAUGACCUCUCCGUCCAAGCAACCUGCGGACUCGAAGCCUACGAGGCGACAUCGGAUCACGUUGGGUCCUUCAACGUUCCCAAAAGUAUCACUUAUCGUCUCAAGUUCAAGAGUGCUCUCAUGUUUCUCAUGUUCCGCUACUACGCCUGCCUGCAUAUGUUAGAACCUUGUCCGAUCUUGAUGGGUGAUGUCUCUGACACAAUCACCGGUUUCUUCCGCAUCGACCAGUUCCUUGAAUAUCCUCCUCUCCCGCGUACUUUCAGCAUCACUCCGCCCUACUGGGUUCUUUUUCUCGCCUUUGUUUUCGGAGCUAUCAUUGGGUUUCUGUACCUUGCCUACCUUGCUUAA